AUGGUCGCCUUUUUAGAACUAACUUCAGCCGUUUCUCAACCUUUUGUUAUCCCAUCUCUUUCGCCAGUGUCUCAACCAAGCUCGAGAAAGAACUCCAAUGCUAACGUUGAUGACUUGAACCUGGCCAUUGCUAAUGCCGCUCUUUUGGAUGCUUCCGCUUCGAACCACACGCAGUCUAGAAAAAUGUCUUUGUCUCUGUUAUAA